AUGAGUACGUUUGUCGUUUUCACGUUCUUCAUUGCCCAUCUAGCGUGGUUUCACUUCACGGCUUUUGCAGUUUUGCCAGAAGACGCGAAGGCCACUUCUUUACAUUCGCUGUUUAAAAGAAUCGUGUACAGGGGGAAAGAAGAUGUGGAAAACCUGAGGUCGCAAGUGGCCGAAAGGGCCUUAUCAAUGGUUCUAGGAGUUUUAGCAACGAAACUGCUGAAGAACUUCGACGAAAGCAGACGGAACACCGUUGUUCAGUGCACCGACAACUCGACGGAAUUCCAGCAGUACAGCGCAUGUCUCAGACCGCUAUUCCUGGUCAAAGACACCGGUAAAUCGAGUUCGACCCGACUUAGACGCAUGUAUCGGGAAGCGAACGAAGGUGGCGAAUUUUUGGUCCACGGAAUUUUGCAACAGCUCAAGGCCCCAAAUGCGCAGCUGCUGACCUCCGCUGCGACCAUAUUAUCCACAGUAUGGCCCGUGCGAUAG